AUGCAGGCAAGUGAGGAGGAGGACCCCGCCUGGGCGCGGGCGAUCCGGAUCCUCGAGUCGGUGCCCGUCAGCCAAGGGCAACGGCGGCAAGAGCCGCCCCAGCAGCCCAGCAGGGCGCCGCAGCCGCUGCCCACAGCCGGCAGCAGUCGAAGCGCCACAGGGCGCGACUCGGGAGAUCCGGGCCAACCGAUUCGGCUGCAGUCAUAUCAGAGGCUUCUGAUGGACGGCGCUGCCCUUCCUGCGGAGCCUGGCGCCUCCCUGCCGCUGCGCUUCAGCGGCCGCGCCCAGGUCUCCGCCCCUACUUCGCCUCGGCGCGAGGCUGGCUCCCUGCCUUCGCCCGGGCGCGCGCCCGAGGCCGCACGCGCGGCUUCUGCUGGCGGCCCUGGGCCCAAGCAGUCGGCGAAAGGUCCUUCCCCGGCAGCUGCUCCUCGAGGGGAGGCCGUGGGCACUGGACGAGGACACCUGGUGGCUGCCUUGCCUUCUGCCACAGGGGAGAUGGAGGAGGCUGAACUCCGAAAGGAGGAUUUCGUGUGGUCCGAGCAUGAGUUCAACGACGGCGAGAAGGAGAACCGCCGAGUGCUGCGGGAGUUCACCAAGGAGUUCAAGAGGAUGGCAGAAGCCACCCCUGAUGGCGUUCGGGACCCAAAGCUCCUGACCGCUGCUCUUGACCUUGCCUUGGCCUGCGUCAAGUGCUACGAGCUGGAUAAGGCGGAUGCGAUCUACCGUCGAGUGCUCGGCGAGUGCAGACGACGUGGAAUGCCUUGGGACGUGAAGUGCCUGCAGGAUCUGGCGACGUUGCGCUGCAAGCAGCAUCGCCAGGCCGAUGCUGCGGAACUCCUGGAGGAGCUCGCUGCUAAGGCCCCGCCGCACCCGGCGACUUUCAUCAACCUUGGAACAGUCUACAACCAACUGCGCCAGUACGACCGGGCUGAGACAUGGUUCCAGCAGGCCGUGAACUUGAAGGGCGGAGCGCCAGACAAGGAGGAUAUUUGGAACCUGGCCAUCUGCAAGAAGAACAUGGGAAGGUACGACGAGGCGCUGCCCAUGCUUCAGCAGGCGCUGUCGGCCUUUCAGGAGCAGGAGCCGGACCAGCCGGUGACUAUCGCCAAGCUGCACUCCUCCCUUGGCGGCUGCUUGCACGACAUGGGCCGGCACUCCGAAGCUGCCGAGGAGUACCAGAAGGCCCAUGGCCUCUACGCCGCCACGGUGGGGCGCUCCAGCCCCCUUUUCUGCGGCGCGGCCGAAGGACUCGCCAAGGCUCUGCUCAAGGAGAGGCAGCACGACCGAGCCUUCCAGGCCUUGCGGGAGGCCUUCGAGGUCCAUGCGAGGUGCGACUCGGUGCAUCCAACGCCGCUCUUUGAGUGCCUUGAGAUGGCCAUGGACAUACAUGACCAGUCUCCUGGGGUGGACCUGGCAUCCUUGCGCUCGCCCAUCGAAGACGCGAUGCGGAAUCUGGAGAGCAGAGGCCAGGACAAGGAUGGGAAUGCCGGGCUGGUGAUGAGCCGCGCGGGGAAGCUCCUCCUCCGCGCGGGGGGCGCCCGCGAGGAGGCCUACGCGCUGCAGCUCCUGCGCCGGGGGAGGCCGCUGAUCCAAGAGGCACACGAUGCCGAGGAGGCAAACCUCGCGCACGAACUGCUGGAGGUGGACCUCCUGGUGCAGAAGAGCACCUCAAGUGCAGCUGAGAAGCCUGAGCUUCAGGGUUCGGGGCUCGCUCUGUAG